AUGUCCUCCAACGUCGGCCUCACAACCCCCCGCGGCAGCGGAACAUCAGGCUACGUCCAACGAAACACAGCCUUCAUGAAACCCCGCAACACAGGCUACGGCGCGCCAUACCCGCCCGUGUCCGGCGCAAACGGACCAGAUCGCCCCUUCAAGCAGCGGGUGCCUGAUAAGCAGAUUCUGGAACAUGAUCGGAAGCGCGCUAUUGAGGUUCAGGUUAUGGAGGAGCGGGACCGAUUGGAGGAGGAGAAUGAGAGGAUUGAAGAGGAGAUGAAAAAGAAGGGGAAGAGCAGCAAGGUUAAGAAAGAGGGGGAGACUGAGGGUGAGAUUAAAAGUGAAGAUGAGAGGGUUCUUGGGGAUGAGGAUAUUGAUGAGAGGUGUGAGGUGCUGAGGCAGAGGUUGCUUUCUGAGUUGGAGGUUGAGAUGGAGAGGGGGGAGAGGAAGAUUGAUAGGAGGAAUUUGAAGUCUUAUCGGGUUCAUGAGCUUGCUGAGGCGAAGAUUGAGGAGACGGAGAGGUUGAGGAGGGCUUUUGGGUUGAAAGAGGAUAGGGAGACUGGGGAGAUUACUGGGUCGAGGGAGAGACGGAGGGAUUGA